GUUCAGAUAAUUACCUAUAAUGUUAACAUCUGACGCCACUCCCGGCACUGGCAAUGCGCCAAGGCCUCGACUCAUUCUCCACCGACAAGCUGAAUUUGAAUCUGACGCGGACUCGGACUCGGACUCUCAACUAGAACGGGAGACGUAUCCAACAUUUUCAGAACUCCGCAGCCGCAGUAUCAAGCCUUAUCCUACUCUCGCUGCCGUCCGCAUCGUUUGGUCUUUUGAUAGUGGUUCCCUAGAGACAUCUCUUUCCGUCAUGGCCGCUGCCUACAACAUUGACGUCCUGGAACCGUAUUUCCAGCAAUCGGUCGGCGGAGGUUCAAAUACACCAUGGCACGUCGUCUCGAAGUCGCCAGCGACACACCCGCCCGUGUCAGAAAUCAUAGUAAAUGUCAAUGACUUGAACAUUUGGGAGUCGGACUGGUUAGAAUUUCACGAAAACCAUUCCGAUCCUGACUCAUACACGGAGAGCGACAUUCUCAAGUAUGGCACUUUGCCCGACUAUGAUCCUGAGAAUGAUAGAGAUCCACCGCAUUUACUGAAAUGCUGCGGCACCGACCGACCAAGAGGCAAGGAGGGCGGCGUGCUAGUAACGGCAUCUCCGUCUGGACCAGGCUUUGUCACCGUUCAUGAAUAUGUCACGACCGUGCAUCCUUGGUUGAUGCGGAACCGUGGGGAUAUCUUGAAGGCCAUGAACCGCUGGGAGCAAAUGCCUGAUCUAGAGGAUAAGGAUCUGGUGGUGGACCUCAUACAGCCAGAAUGCUUAAGGAUUGAAGAGAAGUCGGAGUGGGUUAGGGAACUGAGCAUGCGACGCCCGAAUUGGAUGAGUAUUCACGAUCGUGAGACUAGUGAUAUAUCAUAUCCUGUAUGAACAGCUCUCGAAGGUAGAUUUAAAAAGAAAUCAUUUGAUGUGUGGGAAUUAUUUUAGGGUUACUUAUACGAUGCAGGCAGACGUGUGGGGUUGUUACUGUUUGCAGUCCUACACUCUGUCCCUCCCGUACCUGCCAUACCUACCAUACAAACACACUACUAACAGCUGUGGGUGCUGUUAGUCAGUCAGUCCCAUCCCCAUCCCCAUCCCACCUAGUCCG